UCAAAAUUUUGAAUUCAUUUUAGUUGAAUUUUAGAGUAGAUUGGGUUGCCAGGCAUUAAUUUGGAUCAGGGUUUGAUGAAGUUGGCUGCGGUUUUUUGGAGUUUCUAUUGUGCUAUAUGGUCAUUCUUGAAUUGAGAUGGAGAAGUAAAAGCCUACUUUGAUAUGUGGAUUGGUGGACAUAAUAGUCGGUUCUUGAUUCUUGGAAUUUUCGAAGUUCUUUUGGUUGGAUUGUGUCUUCAUAUGGGGUGAAUUGCAUGCUAUCUAGUUUAUGGUUUGUUACGAGUGUCAAAUGAACAUAGCAUAAUGAGUGGGGGCAGUAGGAUCAUUUGCAGAUGGAUGCCCCUAACAAGACAUUUUCUGAGCUAGUUACUUUACUAAAGUCAUGGCUUCCUUGGCGAUCAGAGCCUGCUAAUGUGUCGAGGGAUUUUUGGAUGCCUGAUAAUAUCUGCAGGGUAUGCUAUGAUUGUGAUUCGCAGUUCACAUUAUUUAACCGUAGACAUCAUUGUCGACUCUGUGGCCGAGUUUUCUGUGCCAAGUGUACAGAAAACUCCGUUCCUGCACCAUCUAAUUACUCAAGGAUUCCCCAAGAAGAGCGGAAGAAGAUUCGGGUAUGUAAUUACUGUUUCAAGCAAUGGGAGCAGGGCAUAACUACUAUUAAUGGAGUGCAAGUGCCCAAUCAGGAUCUUAGUACUUCACCAUCAGCCACUAGUUUUAUCAGCACUAAAUCUAGUUGGGCUGCUAAUAGUAGUAGUUUUACUCUUGGGUCGGUGCCAUAUCUAGCCAGACCAUAUCAACAAGUUCAACCGAGGUCUAUUCUCAGCCCUCAUCAACCAUCUUCAAUGAAUAAAAGUGUGGAUAGGUCUGGGAAGAGAGCACCAAAGAGGAGCAAUGAUCUUACAAUGGAUGUAGAAGAUUCAUAUUCAAACCAAUAUGAGUUUUCAUUGAACAGGAGUGAUGAUGACGAGGAUGAGUACAGCUUAUAUCUGUCUGAUUCUGACACAAAGCAUUUCUCUCAAGAUAAUGGCUACUAUAGCCCUGUUGACUUUGAUGAGAUGAGCAACUACGGGUCACAUGAAUUUCAUCCUGAUAGAGAAAAUAUUGACUCAAAAAGUUUAAGCUGUUCUCCAAUGAACCACAGUUUUCCUUCACCAGGUUCAGAAGGAAUAUCACAGCUUGUGAAGAAAGAUGAACGUCAAGUUCGUGAUGAGUAUGAAACAUCAGCGUCUUUAUAUGCUGCUGAGCCUGUAGAUUUUGAAAAUAAUGGACUUCUCUGGCUCCCUCCUGAACCUGAAGAUGAAGACAAUGAGAAGGAAGCUACUCUGUUUGAUGAUAAUGAUGAUGAUGAUGAUGAUGAUGAUGACGACGAUGAUGAUAAUGAUUAUGGGGAUGCUAAAGGAGAGUGGGGAUAUCUGCAGAACUCAAGCAGCUUUGGAAGUGGGGAGUCUCUAAUUAGGGAUAGAUCAAGUGAAGAGCACAAGACAGCCGUGAAGAAUAUAGUUGAUGGACAUUUUAGGGCUUUGAUAGCUCAGCUUUUACAGGUUGAGAACAUCCCUGUGGAUGAUGAAAAUGAUAAAGAGAGCUGGUUGGAGAUCAUCAUUGCUCUUUCAUUGGAGGCUGCUACACUUUUGAAGCCAUACACAAGGAAAGGAGGAGGAAUGGACCCUGGUGGAUAUGUUAAAGUGAAAUGCAUAGCUUCUGGACAUCGCUGUGAGAGUAUGGUUGUCAAAGGAGUUGUUUGCAAGAAAAAUGUUGCUCAUCGACGAAUGACUUCGAAAUUUGAGAAACCUAAGUUGUUGAUCCUUGGUGGAUCUCUUGAGUACCAGCGGGUCUCUAACCUAUUGUCUAGUUUUGAUACUUUGUUGCAGCAGGAAAUGGACCAUUUGAAGAUGGCAGUAGCAAAGAUACAUGCGCAUCAACCCAAUAUCCUUCUGGUAGAGAAAUCAGUUUCUCGAUUUGUCCAGGAGUAUCUUCUUGAAAAAGACAUAUCACUUGUUCUCAAUAUCAAGAGGCCAUUGUUAGAACGUGUUGCACGUUGCACAGGUGCUCAAAUAAUCCCUUCAAUUGAUCAUCUUUCUUCUCAGAAGCUGGGUUACUGUGAAAAGUUCCAUGUUGAGAGGUUUGAGGAAGAUCUUGGCUCUGCUGGACGAGGAGGCAAGAAAUUGGUCAAGACUUUGAUGUAUUUUGAAGGCUGCCCAAAGCCAUUGGGUUUUACUAUAUUACUUAGGGGCGCAAAUGGAGAUGAACUGAAGAAGGUCAAGCAUGUGGUCCAAUAUGGAAUUUUUGCAGCUUAUCACUUGGCUCGGGAGACGUCAUUUCUUGCUGAUGAAGGAGCCCCUCUGGCAGAAUUCCCUUUGAACUCUCCUCUUACCGUGGCAGUUCAGGAUAAACCAUCAAUCAUUGUGAGUUCCACAUCAACAGUUACUGGUUUUACUAUUCCCGCCAAUAAAAUGUCUCAGGAACCUCAACGUAGUAGUGAACUCCAAAGAGCUAACAGUACUCCCACUUUAAAUCCGUCAUCCUCACUCAUCAACUGUAAUUUUCAGAAGACAGAAGAAGCUCCACCAUCUUGUUUAACUAAUGGUUCAAGCUUGUUGUCUGCACGAUCAACUUCUAUAGAGUCAACUGCCCUUUUACCAUCUACUACUGAGAAAGUUAUUUCUGAUGCAUUUUCCAAGAAAAAUGAAAUGGGUCCCAAAGAAUCCUCAAUAAUGGAAGUAUUUGUCGACAAAAGUGAGUCAGCUUUCAUGAGUAAUCAUCUCACUUUUAGUAGUGUUGGGCCAUUAGCGUCUUUGCAACAAUUUUCUAUGGCACACAUUGACCAAGAGAAUCUUAGCGCAGCAGUUGAAAUUCAGCCACGUGUUUCAGAGGCAUCAUCUGUGCAACAAGAUGGUAAAAACCAUAAUAACCUUUCUGAGGAGCCAAAACCAUUAAAAGAAGAAUUUCCUCCAUCACCCUCUGACAAUCAGAGCAUUUUGGUUUCUUUAUCAUCACGGUGUGUGUGGAAAGGGACUGUCUGCGAAAGAUCCCAUCUCUUUCGAAUCAAGUACUAUGGCAGUUUUGAUAAACCUUUGGGUAGAUUUUUACGGGAUCAUUUAUUCGAUCAGAGUCACCGAUGCCAUUCUUGUGACAUGCCUUCGGAAGCACACGUUCACUGUUAUACUCAUCGACAAGGAACCCUCACCAUAUCUGUUAAGAAACUCCCUGAAAUUUUCCUACCCGGUGAAAAAGAGGGCAAGAUCUGGAUGUGGCACAGAUGCCUGCAAUGUCCUAGAACCAAUGGUUUUCCUCCGGCCACGCAGCGAAUAGUGAUGUCUGAUGCUGUUUGGUGUUUAUCUUUUGGGAAGUUUUUGGAGCUUAGUUUUUCAAACCAUGCAGCUGCAAGCAGGCUUGCAAGCUGUGGCCAUUCUUUACAUAGAGAUUGUCUUCGUUUCUAUGGAUUUGGGAGAAUGGUUGCUUGCUUUCGUUAUGCAUCAAUUGAUGUUCAUUCUGUGUACCUUCCACCCCCAAAAGUUGAUUUUGACUAUGAGAAUCAGGAGUGGAUACGAAAAGAAACAGAUAAGGUGGUUGACCGGGCAGAGCUUCUGUUUUCUGAAGUACUCAAUUCCCUAAGUCAAAUUACCAAAAAAAAAAUUGGCACAGGGGCACCUAACAGUAUCAUGAAAGCAUCUGAAUUGAGACAUCAAAUUGCUGAACUAGAAAGGAUAUUACAAAAGGAGAAACUGGAGUUUAAGGAAUCGUUGCAAAAGGUUUUGAAAAGGGAAGUGAGAAAAGGGCAACCUGUUAUUGACAUUCUUGAAAUUAAUCGGUUGCGGCGUCAAUUACUUUUCCAAUCUUAUAUGUGGGACCACCGCCUGGUUUUUGCAACCAAUUUAGAAAAUUACAGCCUACAGGAUGGUUUCAGCAAUUCAAUUUCAGAACAUAAGGAGAAAUCCCUCACUGAAGGUGUUGGUGAGAAGCUCAAAGACAUGGAUAUGUUGGAACUAGGAAAAGGCUCUGAAUUCUGUGACUCAGCUCUUGUGGAUGCAAAGCUUGAUAGGGGAUCUGACCAAAAAGAAUUAAAUGGCAACACCAAUCAGUCAGAUUUGAUCCAUCAAGAACCAGACAUAAGUGAAAAUUCAAAUCUUGGAAUCAAAGACUAUGGUAAUCUUUCUGCUAGCCAGAGCAUGUGUGAUGGAUUGGACUGUGAGAAACCUAGGGAAAAUGUUCGCCGGGUCCUGUCUGAAGGCCAGUUUCUUCCUGUCAUAGAAAAUUUAUCAGAUACCCUUGAUGCUGCUUGGACCGGGGAAAUUCAGCGAGCAACUGUAAUACCUAAGAAAAAUUCAUGUUCUUUUUCUGAUUCUGCUGCUGCAGAUAAUGCUGCUAUAGGUGCAGUAACAGAGGGAUUAGAUUUGGAAUACCGUUAUGAAGAAAAGAUUGGGCCAAAGGCUCUUAGUUCUCUGUCACGUGAAUUGUCCACUAGAGGUUCUGAAAAUAUGGAAGACUCUGUAAGUUGGUUAAGAAUGCCUUUCUUAAGUUUCUACCGUGCAUUGAACAAAAACUUUUUAGGAAGUGCUUCAAAGCUUGAUACAUUCAGUGAGUAUGAUCCGGUCUAUGUUUCAUCGUUUAGAGAGUUGGAACUGCAAGGUGGGGCUAGACUGCUUUUACCAUUGGGUUUUAAUGACACUGUUAUUCCAGUUUAUGAUGAUGAGCCCGCAAGUAUUAUAUCAUAUGCUCUAGCAUCACCUGAAUAUCAUUUCCAGCUAAGUGAUGAUGGGGAUAGACCUAAAGACAAUGGGGAUUUAACAGCCUCAGUAUUUGAUACAGUGAAUUUUCAGUUGUUCCAUUCUGUUGAUGAAAUGACCUUUGAUCCUCAUAGAAGUUUUGGUUCAACAGAUGACGUUACUGGAUCUCGCAGCUUCCUGAUUAUAGACCCACUCUCCUGUAUGAAGGAUUUGCAUGUCAGGGUGUCUUUCGGAGAUGAUGGCUCAUUUGAUAAAGUGAAAUAUACCGUGACUUGCUAUUAUGCGAAGCGGUUUGAAGCAUUAAGGAGAAUAUGUUGCCCAUCAGAACUAGAUUUUAUAAGGUCUCUGAGUCGUUGUAAGAAGUGGGGAGCUCAGGGUGGCAAGAGCAAUGUUUUCUUUGCCAAGACCUUGGACGAUCGGUUCAUCAUUAAACAAGUCACAAAGACAGAGUUGGAAUCAUUUAUAAAAUUCGCACCUGGAUAUUUUAAGUACUUGUCUGAAUCCAUUAGUUCUGGAAGUCCAACAUGCCUGGCGAAGAUUCUUGGUAUUUAUCAGGUCACUGCAAAGCAUCUUAAAGGUGGGAAAGAAUCAAAGAUGGAUGUUUUGGUUAUGGAGAAUCUUCUGUUUAGAAGAAGUGUCACAAGGCUAUAUGAUCUCAAAGGAUCUUCUAGAUCUCGCUAUAAUCCUGAUUCUAGUGGAAUCAACAAGGUUCUGCUAGAUCAGAACCUGAUUGAAUCAAUGCCGACUUCCCCUAUUUUUGUUGGUAAUAAAGCAAAGCGGUUGUUGGAAAGAGCUGUCUGGAAUGACACUGCUUUUCUUGCAUCAAGUGAUGUGAUGGAUUACUCAUUACUGGUUGGAGUGGAUGAAGAGAAGCGUGAGUUAGUUCUUGGAAUCAUUGAUUUCUUGAGGCGGUAUACCUGGGACAAGCAUCUUGAAACUUGGGUGAAGGCUUCAGGCAUCCUUGGUGGUCCAAAGAACACAUCACCAACUGUAAUUUCACCAAAACAAUACAAGGUUCGGUUCAGGAAAGCAAUGACAACUUAUUUUCUAAUGAUCCCAGAUCAAUGGUCUCCAACUACCAUUCCAAGCAAAUCUCAGUCAGAUAUAGGUGAAGAGAAUGGACAAGCUGGGAACUCAGUUAAGUGA